CGCUAAAUUCCCUCCCAGCAGCAGGAGGGGUUGGUGGGCGUGUUCUCCACUGAGCGCUGAUUGGCCGGCGGUGACUGGGGGCGCUCAGGAUUGGCCGCUCGGACAUGUCACGUAUCAGGGCGCCAGAAUACGAGCUACAGCGGGAUACGACCUAUGUAUGGAAGUUGAGAGCUGCAGCAGCCGGCACCAGUGAUUAGUAAUCCCGAUCCCCUCCAUGUCUCGGGCGCCAGCGCUCCUCCUCUGCCGGUGACCGUGUGCGAGACCUGCCCCACGCACGGGCUGCACUUUAUCCAUCAUCCGUCCAUUCAUCGUGCCAGGGCGGGAGGCAGAGACAUGGAGAUUACAGGCUGCUUAACGCUAAAAGAUCUAAUAAGUGCAAAGAAAAAUAAAGUUGACCAAGAGAAAGAUAUGAGGAGUGCGCAGAAGGAGAAUAUGUAUGAGAGAUUCAGGAUAAGCCCAAGGGUACCAUUAAAGGGUGAACCAAUUGAUCUGUCAAAACAAAAGGGUCUCACCCCAGAAAGAUUUCCAAUCACUCCUGUGAAAGCAACGGAUAAACCGCUUGCAGAACCGUGGACUCCCACUGCCAACCUGAAGAUGCUUAUUAGUGUUGCUAGCCCAGAAAUCCGGGACAGGGAAAAGAAAAAAGAGCUUUUCCGCCCUAUAGAAAACAAUGAACGAGAAGACAUCGGACCAGAUAAUCAACAAUUUGAGACGGGGGAUGAUAUAGAUGAGUUGGAAAAGAGGCCAAGCAGGAAACAAAAGAGUCUCGGUCUCCUGUGUCAGAAGUUUUUGGCUCGGUACCCUAGCUACCCUAUAUCAACGGAGAAAACAACAAUAUCUUUGGAUGAAGCUGCUUCAAGCCUUGGGGUGGAGCGUAGACGUAUUUAUGACAUUGUUAAUGUUUUGGAGUCCCUGAAUUUGGUGAGCCGUGUAGCAAAGAAUCAGUACUGCUGGCAUGGACAGCACAACUUAAACGGUACCUUACAAAGCCUGCAGAUGGAAGGAGAGAAACAAAAAUAUGGUGCACAGAUUGCUUGCUUCCAGCACAAAGAGCUUGGUGUGGACCAGAGAAAAUCGUAUUCUGUGAAUAGACUAGGUGCACUUUCAUUAGAAUUGUCUGAAGCAGACAGUCCCUCAGUGUCUGCAAGCAGCCGCAAGGACAAAUCGCUGAGGAUCAUGAGCCAGAAGUUUGUUAUGCUAUUCCUGGUAUCCACAACUAAGACAAUUACUCUUGAGAUAGCAGCCAAAAUCCUGAUUGAGGAGAGCCAGGAUAUUUCCGAUCACAGCAAAUUUAAAACCAAGGUACGACGUCUGUAUGAUAUAGCUAAUGUUCUGACCAGUCUUGGGCUUAUUAAGAAGGUACAUGUUACUGAAGAACGUGGACGAAAACCUGCAUUCAAGUGGAUUGGACCUGUUGAUUUCAGGGCAGUGAAUGACCAGAAGAUUGAAGUCACCACUACUACUCCUUCACCAGACUCAAAAAGUAACGGUUUCAGUUAUACAUCGGAGAGCAGUAAACAGAGAUUCCUCCGUCAUUCUUCAUUUAACCAUGUUCAGUCCAUCAAUACUGUGAAGCGGAAGGUCUGCUCUGAGCCAAGCAGUCCACAGAAGGCACAGAAAGAAAGUACUGAUGUCUACACCUCAAAGAUGGCACAUUUAGCAUCCAUAUGUAGACAGAAGAUUGAAGAAGAUGCCAAGUGUCACAAGCUUGCCUCUGAUAAUGGAAGUCGUGUGCCUUUUUCUUUUGUUGUGCCCAUUCCUGUGGAUUCUGACUUUCCUGGCAGACAUUCUGGUCACCAGGAGCUCUCUCUAUCCCAAAAUGAGGCAAAUGCACAGCUAAAUAUUGUACAUUCAUCUAACUUGGAGAACAGCAGCCAUGGUAUUCUUGCUAACCAGCCAUACAUGUAUGUACCAUCCACAUCUGUGUUUAUGCUGUGCGGAAACACUGCCGGUGAUGAGAUUUUAGGCAGAUCAUCUCCAACAUCAAGUCAAAGGACUACACCUGAUAGCAGUCAGCCAGCCAAGCGGCAGAGGAUCGGCAGCAGUGAUGAUGCACCAUUUCCCUUGAAGCUUUGGUCACCUGAGACUCCUUUCUGUGAAUUCAGCAUUGCCAAGAAGCCACCUCAUCCUAGUGAGGAAGAUGAAAAUAUGGUCUCCACACAUAUUGUGCAGGAAGCUAUGACUGAACAGGCUGCAGUUAAAGAUGCCUUAAAAACCAAAGUACCAGCACCACAAGAGCACGUUAAAUCAUCAGCACUAACACAAUACCUCUAUGUUCCUUCUGCAGCUGGUUUAAAUGGUUUCAAUCUCUUUCUUCCUGCAAGCCAAGCUGCAGGAGCUUUGGGUGUUGCCCAAAGUCGAAUACCAAAUCUCAAUGUUCCUUAUGUGAUGGUGCCAUCCACACAUUUAGCAGCUUUUCCAUUUAUCUGCUCUCCCGCGAUUACCACCUCCCACUCUAAUGGUCCUGCAUUGAGUCCUGGAAGUAUGAAUUACAAUCAUUCUGGCAUAGCUACACCACCUCAUAUCAUGUUUGGCAGCUCAGCAGUAGGUUCUCCACUGCUACCUGAGCCAUCUACAGAUGUGCCACAGUGUGCGUCUCCAGCGUAUGUGAGCCAGCCGUUUGUCAGCUCUGCUACCACAGACUCCCUUAUGUGUACAACUCAGCCAGUUCCUGUAAAACUGCAGAAGUCACCUACUCCAUUAACUCCAAAAAGUGUUCGUCCACUUCACAAAGACACAUUCUUCAAGACACCUGGUAGCUCUGGCGUGUCUCCAGCUCUCCAGAAAAAGGAAAGGCCUCAAGCCCGAAACUCAAGCUCUGCGCAGCGGAGGCUGAACAUUUGCAGCAGUGACUAAACGAGGGCUUCCUGCCUUUAGGAUCAAUUCUAUUUACAUUCCUUAGAUGUAAAUAUUUUAAAUGGAUUUUAAAAAAUCCUUCUAAAUUUACCUAUGCUGGUAGUUUUGUCUUCAGUAAGCUAUGACACACGAUAUCCUAGGAUAAAAAUGGUUACUUAAAGUACUAUUUUGUGGGUGGAAGAUGUGAGCAAAAAUCACUCAGCACUGAACUAACGUACUUGUUAUGCUGUCCGUGUUACUUGUUGCCCAGGAUAAGUUUUGAUACAUUGCAGAGUUUACAUUUUCAGUUUGUUCUGUUGUUCAAGCUGUAAAUUCCUGUUGCAUAGCAACACACUAUUGUUCAGGUGAGCCAUAUUCACCAGUCCGAAACGCUGGUAAUGGCACAUGGUAUUUUGGUAACCUAGGCUUACUACUUGAAUAUUGUUUACCUGUAUUCUAAUCAUUUGUUAGAAAUCUUCAGUAUAUUUAAGAAAAUGUGAAAAAUGUAUUCUGCCUUACAUUACCACCAAAUUUUGUCUUAUUUUCCCUCUCAGAAGAAUAUAUCUUGUAAUGCAGGAGGUCACUUGCUAUAUAAAACACAAUAUUUAUAAUCUGUUAUGAAAUAAGACACGUGCACAGAUGGAACAAGUAGCUUGUUCCUCAACCGUAAUUUAACAUUGUAUUUGUUGCUAUGUAAAAUAUUGUUAAUCUCCCUAUGCCCCACACUCCUCUUGCUCCCCUAUACCACAGAGCAUUAUGAGGGACCUCUGUAUUGUGUUGAACUUGAGGAGAGAGAACAUAAUGUGCUAUGUUCCUAUAGGUGUUAACACUACAGUAGUAAUGGUCAUUCCUAAAAUGUUACCUUUGUAAUUUUGUAUUUUUUCUAAUAUGCACUCGCCUUUUAAUAUAAUAUUUUAACCUAGCUGUUGGGUCUCCUUCAAAAGAAAUGACAACCAUUAAAAAAAAAAAAAAAUGCUGAUGACUUGAUGUACUUAAAUUUUACUAUAUUAUUCUUUUUUUUUUUCUUCAGCGAUUUAAUAGUAGUUAUACUGUUGGUAAUAAGGUGAUGCUUAUUUGCACUAAGUUGCAUGCUCAAAAUGCAGCACGCUGUAUGGGUUACCAAACCAUUUACUCUUUAUCUGUUAAGUGUUAAUGGGACUGUCAAAAUACUUGAAUGUAUUUACCAUGUUUACAUUUAGCUCAUGGUGCUAUUUUCCCUCUUCAUUAGAAUGUUUUUUUCAUAUACGACACUGUUUAGUGUGAUGCAUAAAAGCUAGCAGUGCAAUAAUAGAAGUUUCUCCCUGCUGUGUGUAACGCCUCUCCCUUGUAGGUCCGACGUCUCUGCUUCUCUUAGCUAUGUUGCUAAUAGCUCUAAACAUGUACAGGGUGUUCUGUGCAUCACAGAAAUUAAAUGUAAUAUUUCAUUAUCUUUUUUAUUUUUUUUAAUGACCAAUAAAAUGUAUGGAAGUAAA